AUGAAGUUCUCAGCACUCCUCAUCUUCACAGUCACUUAUACUACCUACGCUCUCGUACCCCCCACUGGAACCAACACAGAUGAUGUGCUAGUCAAACGCCAAUAUGACCCUGUGUGCACCUGCACCUCAGGCUCGACUACAUAUACUAUCGCGCCACCCACCUCCUCGAGCACCGCCCUCACUUCAAGCACUCCCCUCACUUCAAGCACUCCGACUACAGGGACCCCACCCGUGACUACUCCCACCACCUCUCCUCCCCAGAACGACUGCACCGCUAUUCCCAAGGCUACGUUCCUCCUACGCGCCUACAACAAGAAUGUGAAGGAUCUCUACUACACUGCCAACGCCACACAGAUGGCCAGUGCUGUCGCCAACAACGGCUAUGUGGAGGGCCCACACAUGGGGAGGGUGUACACUACACAGGAGGCAGGGACGGUCCCGCUCUACCGCCUGUACAACGCCUCCGCGAAGGAUCACUUUUACACGACGUCCACCGCGCAGAGAGACAACGCCGUGGCAGCGCACGGAUAUACGAGCCAAGGGAUUGCAGCGUAUAUCUACACGACGCAGAUCUGCGGGAGCAUCCCGCUGUAUAGGCUGUAUAGCGCGGAGGACAUCGACCACUUUUACACGAUACACCAGGGCGAGGUCGACAAUGAUGUACCAGGUCGCGGUUACGCUGACCAGGGCAUCGCCGGUUACGUUCUCCCCCUUCAGUGA